AUGGAUCAGCUCGCUGCCCAAGCCGAUCUGCCCCCGGAAUAUGUGGAGGAUGUGGCUAACGUCCAUGAAAGCCUGCCCCCGGACACUCUCCGCUUGGCCGGGCGCUUUAUCCACUCCGCUACCUCACGCGACGCCGACGCGCCGGGACUCUACGAAAUCAACAGCCAGAUAGACUUUUUGAGAGAGACUGACAGACUGGUUGAAUUCAGUCGCAUCGACUACUCGGUCAGGAGACGCAUCGCAAAUGCGGUCUCCCUCCCGGAGAUCAUCUCACAUCCAAGACACGUCUUCAACCUGGAACGACCAACAGCAAUUGUACAAGAGGCAUUUUUGUACUAUAUCAAGCCUGUUUCUCGCAGCGGUUUAGGUAGCAUCGGACUCAAGUUCUCCAAAAUCGGCAAGAGUGUGUGUAAAGCAUGGCGCGUCGGGCGCAAGGCCAGUAACAGGAAUGAAUACGAGGCUCGGGAGCUUUUGUUCGACGUCCGGCACAACAAUGAUGUGUUGGACUGGCUUGAUGGGCAAAACACCCGGAUCGCGGUGGAAUAUUCGAAGGACAACAUGCACAGUCUCAAUAUCUUAGUGCCCAUGGACCAGGCAGUACGAGAUGCCCUCGUUGCUGCGUGGUGCGUGAGGUUAUGGAACACUCUGGCUGUGCAAUUUCAUAAACGGCGAACCUGGAAAGAUGCUGGUCUGCCAAAGUGA